AUGGAGGCCGGCCUGCGCGCGCUUGGCCACCGCUACUGCGGCGGCGGCGGCUGCGGAAUCAGCCUCGGUGGGUUCGCCGCCGCGCGUGCCAUCCGGCUCCGGCGCCAACGCCAGCGUCGCGCGGCCGCCUUCUGCUCCCUUGCUACUGUUGGUGGAGAUGGGAAUGGCGCCGCGGGUGGUGGCCCCGUGAGGAGCGGCGUCGAGGUGGCGCGCGCCAGGAGGAUGCUCCAUGUCGUGCUCGUCUCGCCGCUGAUACCAGGAAAUACAGGGUCCAUUGCAAGGACAUGUGCUGCAUCUGCAGUUGGCCUGCAUCUUGUCGGGCCAUUAGGUUAUAAGGUAGACGACACAAAAUUGAAGCGUGCGGGAUUGGAUUAUUGGCCAUACGUUGUUGUCAAGAUUCAUGACUCUUGGGACCACUUCUUCGAUUAUUUCAUGAAGCAGGAGGGAGAUAAAAGGCUGUUGGCAUUCACCAAAAGAGGCACACAAAUCCAUUCAGAUUUCUCCUACAGGCCAGGGGACUGGCUAGUCUUUGGUUCUGAAACAAAAGGAUUGCCUCAACAAGCCCUUGAGGAUUGCUGUAGAGAAGGCCUAGGUGGUGGAACCCUCCGAAUUCCCAUGGUGGAAACCUACGUCCGGUGCCUGAACCUCUCCGUCAGCGUUGGAAUCGCACUGUAUGAGGCAGCUAGACAGCUGAACUACGAACAGCUUCAGUAUCAGCCUGAGCUUCCGGAGGAAGCACAGGGGCUAUUCCCAGCAGAGGACAUUUAUGCAUGAAAACUUCUGCCUGAGAACAAUUCAUAUGUAGAAAGACUACAGCCACCGAAUUGAUCACCUCACCUUUUUUUUUUGUACUGUUGGCCGUGACACAUGAGCAUAUGAUUGAGCUGGAGGACCACACACGAUUCUGUUGCGAAUUCAAUUCCAAGCUGUCGAGGUGGUGUUCACAUGCUCAUUCAAAAUGUGUACCAGAUUUGCAUGAAAGAAUCGUUUUAGUACUAUAGUUUUGCAGUCAGAAGGUGAUUAGAGUAUGCUAAGAUGGGGUCUCUUUCUGACUUUUUUGUGUACUAGUACUGGUUACUGAACCAUAAGCUUUGUUAAUUGCAAUUAGAUGCUUGCCUCUGUGUCAA